AUGGGUGCAAGUGAUGUCACUUUACAAGACAUCGACACUGCUCAUASAGUUCCUAAGAGGAAGCCUAGUCGCCCYGGACAAAAUUAUCCUGAUCCUAUUAUUUGCAAGUUUACUCGCCGUUUAGCGAAGGAAGAAGUAAUGGCUGCCAAAAAGGCGUUACGUAAUUUGACCCCAAGUGACCUUGGUCUUCCUCCUUUCAUGACCUUGAAACACGUUAGUAUUUACCAUCACUUAACCCCRAGGCUGCAAAGUCUGUUAUACGAAACAAAGCGUUUUAAAAGUGCAAAUGAUUACAAGUUUUGUUGGUCAAAAAGCACGGCUGUUUUUCUUCGAAAAGAUGACUCAUCGACUGUUAUAAAGUUGACCAAGUACGAAGAUCUGGAUAAGUUAAAGCAAGGCGAAGAUGCACAAGUGUAUGCUGAAGACUAUGACCAAGAUGACUAAACAACUUAUAGUGUUUUUU